AACAAACAGACAGACAGACAAUCAGAAACAAUGCCACCUAGUUCUGAAUUCGUCGUCCGUUCAUGGAGCCUUCGUACCUAGGCUCUAGGAAGCAGUUUUACGAGCACUACCGCUAGAAGGACGGAAAAAGGAGGCGCAAACGGUGACAGCUUUUGGAGAUUGCCGGAUUUACUGAUGCUCAACUACCGAAGGUUAUGAUGACAACCAAGAGGUUUAUACACGUUUGUCUGUCAACAAUAGUCACUAUUUCUGUGUUGUGGUUUCUAUGGAUAGAUAAAAUCACUUUAGUGAACAACAACAGAAAGGACAUUGGCGUCAAGGCAGACCCUCCAACUACAACAAGUAGGGUCGGCAUCGGGCACGAUGACUUGCCGGAGUCCAUAAAUUUAUUGUUGGAGCUAAGGUAUGCAGUUGUGCGACAGAGAAAUUACAGUCUGACAACUGGGAAGCGAUUUGUGUAUCUCAUUAUGGGCCCAACUAAGCGGGUCAUCAAAGGAUUAGAAGAAACCAAGAAACGGGACGUCAUUUGGAUGACGUUUGAAGAUAAGACAGGUGACAUUUACGCCCCGGGCACAUCCCACAAUUCUGGGAGAAAUGUACUUCUUAAUCACGCGGUUAACUUAGCGGCCCAAAUGAAAGACGGCGGUUAUCUCUAUUAUAUAUUUAUGGACGAUGACUUGGAGCUUUCGGUUAGGUCGGAUGGGUGGGUCAAUUGGAAAGUUUGGUCCAAGAUGGCAUCGGACCCUUAUCAGAGGUUUGAGGAGUUUCUUAUGUAUUAUCAACCUGCUGUAGGUUACGUACGUUACCGAGAUAUGGGUAGACAGUUUGUCAAUAAAAAACUGCCCGUAAACUUAAACUGGGAUUUCGACGAGUGUUUUAGUGCUUUUCACAAGGAUACACUAUCAUUUUUGUUACCGUAUGACUUGCACCUAGACUAUGAAUCUUGGUGGUAUGGAGGCUGGAUAAUCCGUCAGUUGAUCUCUAUGCUGUAUCACAGCUAUCGCAUGCAGUGCAACUCGCUGCAUGUUACGAAUCGCAUAUCAAAUAGACCUGUUUCACAGGACAGAUACAAGAAAUGUUUGGAUUAUGAAAAAACGCGGGACUACAUCUCAUCUGCUUUACUGACGCAAACCAAGACUAGUCCACCCAAGCCCAACUCAUUAAUUGGCGCACUCCUAAAAGGAACAUCUUCUCUCGGAAAUGGAGGUACCUUACAGCCGGGCUAUAACAUCAAAAUUCCCGGCCGACCGAAACGAAAGGGCCACCAUUCGUAUCUCGUAACGCAGAAUUUUAUUGCUCAGCACUUUGACCCUACCCAUCCAAUGAUAAGAAGGAAAUUAAAUUGGUUGCAAAAACCAGAAAUACAGAAAAUUCUCAAACUAGGUAACCGCCGUCUGCAGCCUUUUACACCUGACUCUUUGUACUGCUCCGCACCGCAUAAUUUUUCACUGACUAUUGGACAGUGACAUCAAAUGAUUAAAAAAACGUACGCAUCAAUGGACUUUCAAAUGACUUCUGCUUCAAAGUUAAUUCUUUUAAUAAAUGUCUUUC